GAGUGCUUGUGUGAUGUGACUUCCGACGAUAUUUUCAUCUUCUGUAACCUCAGCUUGUCAACGGAGAAAACCGGUAUUGAUUUUGCAGUUAGAUACCAGCAACGGUCUGGUUGAUCACCAGUUGAUAUAGGUCAUAUCUUCACACUGGUUUCUCGAAGCAUAAACGACAUUUACUCUGUGAGUGCCAGCUGAAGAAAGAGAAAUAACCAAUCCGGUUGGAUGAGGAGUACAAUUUAAUUGGAAGCUUGGGACUUAAGAUACAUUGAUGAACACAGCCCCAAGAUGGGCAACCUACUCCGUCUGAUCCUUCCAAAGGAAUCUCCAAAGGAUACAGACUUCUUUGUCGAUUUUGAAAAUGCCCAACCGACAGCAGAAGAAAGAGAGACAUGGGAGAGUGUACAGUUAGUACUUAACGAAGGCCAAUCAAUAUUAGAGAGUGUGCAGGGCUAUCAGGGAGCGUCCGAGUCAAUACGACAGGCAAUAUCCAAUCCCAACAAUGACGACCUACAGGAGAAGGCAUGGGAUUCUGUCUGCCCCCUAGUGGAGAAACUCAAAACCUAUUUCGAAUUUAGUGCACAGUUAGAGCAUGUGGUACCAAUUUUACUGUCCGACCUUUGCUCCAAUGACAUGGUUCCCUUGGAACACCUGGAGUCACAACAAGCAUUAUUCAAACAGUUUGCCGAAAUACUAGACUUUGUUCUCAGAUUCGAUGACUUGAAAAUGACAAACCCAUCCAUACAGAAUGACUUCAGUUACUACAGAAGGACGCUCAGUCGAAUGAAGAUGGUCAAUGAGGACGAUAACCACACGGAAAAUGUGGUAUCUAACGAAAUGGCAAACAGGAUGUCACUGUUUUACGCAAAUGCCACACCCAUGCUUAAGGUGCUUAGUGAUGCCACCACCAAAUUUGUCACCCACAACAAGGAACUCCCCGUGGAAAACACCACAGAAUGUCUGGGAGCAAUGGCCAAUAUCUGUAGAGAGAUGAUAGAGAAUCCAGAAUUCAAUGCUCGGUUCCAAAAUGCUGACACAAGGAUGUUUUGUAUGCGUGUGAUGGUAGGCGUGAUCAUACUGUACGAUCAUGUACAUCCUAUAGGAGCUUUCGCCAAAACUUCAUUAAUAGAUGUGAAGGCAUCAAUAAAAGUACUAAAAGAUCAACACAUAGGCCGAGUAGAUGGAUUAUUAAACGCUUUAAGAUACACGACAACCCAUCUAAAUGACGAAUCAACACCAAAGGCUAUAAAACAGAUUCUGGCAGAAUGAGACUACUGUGUAUAUAUACAACCAUGACAUGGUCCAGCUGUAGGCAGUGAUUUAGUGCUAAAACUUAUAGACUUGUGGACUGACCAAUGUAAUGGUCAGUAGGGUUCAAAGGUCAAGGGGGUACUGUAAUUCAGUAGCAGGGUUGUGGUGGAUCAGAGUGUCUAUCCCAGGCAUACAGUGGAUCUUUGUUAGUCAGGCACACAUUUUCAUAUUUGCAUAUUUUCGUACAUGUUGGUGAGCAAUAACAUGUUGUUUGAGAGCAUUGUUUACUAUAAUGGCAUCUGUGUCGUGUAAAACCACAGCACAGUACAUGUAUAUCUGUCCCAGAUUUUUGUGGUUAAGUAACUUAACAUGGUUAACCAGUUAAGCAGGUUAUCAAAGUUAUAAGUAGUUAACCAGGUUAUCAGUUAUAUAAUAACCAGGUUAUCGGUUAUCAAAGUUAUAACCAGGUUAACAGGUUAUCAGAGAUAUCACCAGGUUAACAAGUUAUAUGUGUUAUAACCAGGUAAGCAGGUUCUCAAAGUUAUAACCAGGUUAACAGGUUAUCAGAGUUAACCAAUUACCAGGUUAUGAGAGCUAUAACCUGGUUAAAAGGUUAUCAGAAUUAUAACCAGGUUAACAGCUUAUCAGAGUUAUAACCAGGUCAUCAGAGUUAUCACCAGGUUAACUCGCUUGUGAGAUUAACAAGGAUCCGCUGUUAUGCCACUAGUAUUGGUACCCAUCACAAUCACGUUGAAGUAUACUCGGGAACCAACAAAACUAAACUGUAAUUUUGAGAUUUACUACGGACAUCGGAAAGCUGAACAGUGAUGGCAGCAGAGAAAGUUGAUCAUUCCACUAGUCUAGCUGGACUUGUUUUUAAAUUUCAUAUUAUUAUUGUACAAACUCAUCAGCUGUUAUCUAUACCAUUGAAUGCUGAGUUUGUUCACAGCAGUAUGUGUAAAAAUGUAUAUAUAACAAUUUGUCAUAAAAAUACAUAAGAUAUCAUAUGUGCUCUUAACUCGCUGGUAACAAAAAUCUCAGACUUUCUAAACUGUUGUCAAUUUAAUAUUUCGCUUAUUCUCUUCAAAAUCAUGAUGAAAAGUGCCAACAUAUAUUUGUCCGAGUGUUUGAUUAUGACUAUGUGGUUAACAAAAACCCCUUAAGAAGAAGAUAGUAAAUACCAUUGAUUCAAUGUACAAGAUCUUUUUACUGUAAAUGUGGAAAUUUAUGAUGGAGGAAAUUUAUGCUAAAUAUACAAAGGCCGUUCCAUAGUGAGAAUUUUCCCCAUGCUUAUUAUUUUGUAAAGUUUGAGGUAUUUAUGGAAUAGGUGCAAAAGAAAAAUUCAUGGAAGUAACCCUAACACAGGUAAUUUACUUAAUGAAUUCGCAAAAUUAAACCCCAGUGGAAAUAGCCAUGUUUACAGUAUAAUACAGUGUGAAUAUGGUGUUUUAUACCAGUAGUUCACAGCUCAAGUAUCCACAUAACCUACCGGUGUUAAAAAUGUUUAUCCAGUUAGAUCCAGCGUCCCAUAUAGAAAAUCACUGCUACUAUCAUUUUAACUUUACAACAUUUACACAUUGUAUUUUGAUUUUUUUUUUUUUUUUCAUUUCUAUAGUGCCAUUAAAAGCUUUGAAAAAAAAAAUUCAGAAAAAAAAUAUGUGGAUUGAAAGGAAAAUUUUCUGUAAAGCUGAAAUUGAGUUUUAAUGAUGAAAACAUAGUGGUCCAAUAAAAGGCAAUUUAAUUUGCUGAAAAAUAAUUCAAAAUUUGUGCAGAAUUAUUGGGCAAGUAGUUACCAAUAUUUACUUACCCACGGACCAAAUAUGAUUUCCUUGGGCCAUUUGAUGUGGGGUUGUCUUCCCCUAACAAGAGAAGGAACACUUACGAGAGAUAGUGGUACGGUAGUUGAUGUUUGAGAAAGUUGGUCUCUAGCCAGGUUUGGAGAGUCUGCUAAAACUUGCUGUACGAUUCAGUGACUGUCCAUUCCAAGUUUGAGCGGGGCUAACUAACACAGCAAUUUGCUGUACGGAGUUAUAUUAUCAAAGUUAAUUUAUUGCCGUUGUGUUUUAUAAGGCUUUGCUGGUUAAAUUGUGUCCCAUCACCGUCUACAUGUAGUGUGUGUUGAGCUUGGAGUAUCUGUACAAAAAUCUAUACACUUCGAUAUUUCUGAUUAAAUACAAAACCUAUCGAUGUAUUGUUCCUGAU